GCCAAAAUGAUUGCAUUCGAAGAUUACUUUUCGAUUCAAAUCUUCUUUAUCAUCUUGCGAGAGACGUUGGAGACGGCAAUAAUCGUUUCUGUGCUAUUAUCCUUCAUCAACCAAAGAAGUAGUAGAGAUGCUAAUCAAGAACAAAUCAAUUUUCAAAAUAAACUUAAAGUCCAAGUUUGGGCUGGUGCUGUUUUAGGGUUGGUGAUCUGCUUUGUCAUUGGUCUCGUAUUCAUCUUAUCCUUUUACUUUAUUGGUAAGGAUUAUUGGUCAUAUACAGAAAGAAUAUGGGAAGGGUUAUUUUCGAUACUAUCAAGCAUUAUAAUCACCGUUAUGGGAUUAGGAUUAUUACGUAUCAAUAAAGUCAUGAAAGUAAAAUGGUGGAUGAAGUUAGGCGACGCUUAUAAAGACGUGGGGGCCAAAGAAGAUAAUUUACCAGAAGAAGUCGGAUCAACAUCGGAAUUAUCACCAUCAACCCCAAUUAUUCCUAGGCGAAAGACAAAAUUCAGAAAGAAGUAUUUUUUGGCCAUAUUACCAUUCAUUACUACAUUAAGAGAAGGAUUAGAGGCAGUUGUGUUCGUUGGUGGUAUUGGAAUGACCCUGCCAUUGACGUCCUUACCGUUAUCAGUUUUGGCCGGGAUUUUAUGUGGAUCUACAAUUGGAAUAGUAUUAUAUAAGGGAGGAAACAAAUUAUCAUUACAGUACUUUUUAAUAUUAUCAACGUGUUUUCUGAUUAUGUGAUGGUUUGGACGUGAGUGAAACUGGUAGUGGGCCAGGGUCUUACGAUAUAUCCAAUAGUGUUUGGCAUGUUAACUGUUGUAAUGGGUUAACUGACGGAUGGUGGAUGGUCUUCAAUGCAAUCUUCGGCUGGACCAAUAGUGCUACCUAUGGCAGUGUUGGAUCGUACCUUGCAUACUGGAUGAUUGUUAUAAUUUGGUUAAACCUCAAAUUGUACGAAGAAUCCAAUGGUUAUUUACCGUUUCUUCCAAUAAAAUGGCAAUUGAAACGAAUCAAGAAAAAAAUUAGAUUAUUUGAAAUUAGAUUACAAAAUCAGUCAACCAAUAACUCCAAUGACCAUUAUCAAGAAUUGACUAGUAAUCCGUCAAUUGAUCUUAAUGUCCGUGAGGCUGAAGCCCAACUAUU